GGGAGAAUGUGGGUAUACAUAAGGGACCCGUCUGUGCAGAGCGUGAGGAGAAGGCAGCUCAGCGAGAGGUUUAAGCCAAGCUCGUUCAAUUGCUGAACCUGUUCUUUGCAAUGAGAAACCUGCUUCUCAGCACGGCAGGCGAAACAUGGUGAGGUGAUGGUAGAAACUGCUUGACUGAUGUCACCCCUUAAUCGCUGGGCCCUCCUGGGCCUGCGCAAUGUUGUGCAAACAAGGUGCGGUCUACGCAAGGGGCAUACUCAAGCUAGCUACCACAGCUCGCUACUCUCCCUCACUUUGUGGGACGCAAGUGACCAGACAAGGAGAACGUUCUCAACACAUUCUCAAAUGGAUGUCCCUGAUGCAAUCGCUCUAGUUAGAGGGGUUCCCGACUCCUUUUCAGAGGCGCUGACGCUCCAUGAAAAGCCAGAGGCGAUCGAUGUUGCAAAGGCCAAACAGCAACAUGCCGCAUAUGUUGAGCAGCUUAAGAGACUUGUUCCUCGAGUUGUUGAGAUAGCCCCAGACAACCGAUACCCAGAUUGCUGUUUCAUUGAAGACACUGCCGUGGUUCGGGGUAAUAGCGCCCUGAUCACAAGACCGGGAAACAUCGCCCGCCAGGGCGAGGUGACCGCAGUCAGGGAGAAGCUCCAGGAGCUGGGGGUCCAGACCACUGACACUGAACCCGAUGCGACUAUCGAUGGCGGGGACGUGCUGCAAACGCGUACCCACAUCUUUGUCGGACUCAGCAGUCGCACGAACGAGGCAGGAGUCGACGCUCUGCGCAAGGCUUUCCCUGACACCCCUGUUGUGCUACUGCCUGUGCCCUCUGGUCUGCAUCUGAAAUCAGGCCUUUCGUGGGUGGGGCCCAACACUCUGGCCGUCGAGGACUCCCCAGAAGUACUCGAUAUCUUCAAGAGGAUCAAAAAGCUCCUGGGCCAACCCGAACUUCACGCCCUUCGAAUACGUGAGACAGGAGCUGCGAAUGCCUUGCUCGUGAACGGGUCUCUUCUCUACCCCCGUGCCUAUUUUCGGACGUCCCACAAUCCAUAUGAAGGUCUGUCUGUUCCGGUAUACCCGAUAGACAUGUCGGAGGCUCAUAAAGCUGACGGCGGCUUAACAUGCGGCUCUAUUUUGAUCAAGAGACGGCCGGAGUAGAGUGUAAGCGUGCAAGGAGGCUUGAAUUAACCAUUGUCGUUCUUUUCUUGAAGUUCCGUUUCAACAAUAACAUCAACAAUAAGGAAUGCUUUUGGAAACAACAAGCGUUGGCAGGCCAACGUGCAAGUCGAUAGGAGUGCUAGUG